AUGCCAGAAUCUUACACUCUCCAUUAUUUCAACCUCCAAGCCAGAGGUGAAGCUGCCUAUCUCAUAGCUGUGCACGGUGGCGUUCCAGUCACAAGAAAUCUCUUCUCCGAUUUCAACAAGGAUUUGAAGGAAAAGUGUCCUUUCGGACAGGUUCCAUUACUUGUUGUGCAGGAUGAUGUCAGUGGUGCCACUGCACACAUUGUACAAUCUAUUGCAAUUUGUGAAUUUUUGGCAAAGAAGGCUGGUUUAAUUCCAACCUCUCAUGUUGAACAAGCCAUUGCUUUGCAAUACGUGUUGGGAGUUGAUGAAUUUAGAACUGAAGUCUACUCUCAAUAUUACAGUGGAAAGGAAACACAACAGGCAAAGAAGGAAUGGAAGGAAGGAAAGAUGAAAUUCUUCUUGGACAAGUUUGAAUCAUUCUUGGUUGGAAAUAAGAAGGAAGAUCGUGAUCUCUUCCUUGUCGGAUCAUCAAUUUCUUGGGCUGAUAUUUGCUUGUAUGAUGCAUUGGUAGAACAAGCCUUUUUGUUGGAUGAAGAUAACUUGUGGGGUAAUUAUCCACUCCUCAAAAAAUUCAUGAAACAAGUUGAAAACAGUUCUGAAUCCUUUAAACAAUAUGUUACAAGUAGCAGUAAACCAGUUUUGUAUAUGAAGAAUUGGAGACAAUAAAGACUACUCUGAUGAAUGUAUCAAUAUUUUG